AUGCCCUUGCUCAAGACUUUGAUUGUGAGUUUAACAGAUAAUAAGGAAAGCACUCAUGUGGACAAUGUAUUGGCUGACACCAAUCAUCCAAAGAUUGGUGUGGACAAAGGUGUUUUGAAAAAUUUUACAAGAUCUUCAGGAGAUGUUACUGAAACAAGGAUAGCAGCUGAUUGGAAAGGUGACCAAAGUUGUCCAAAGGGUACACGUUUGGAGGACAUUGAACCAUCUGGGGAUGUAAACAUGGAGGCAUCCAUAACACCUGACGAUGUUAUCCGGGCUGGAGGAUUUGGUGCCAGGGAUGAUAUCAGUAGCUUUCUUCCUGUUGCAAGUGAUUCUACUGACUUUGAAGCUUCAAUCCGUGAUGCACGAGAUUAUGAAGAACCACAGGGUCAAGUAAGCAGACCUGGGCUUGGCUGGACUGGCGGUGCUACUGAGGGGGAAUGA